GCGAGCAUCGACAAGAGGCUCUCAAAAUUUAACCUAUUUCGGUCCAUCUUUAUCAAAAUUCUCGUACAAUUCCCAACUAAAUUUCUUUCUCGGCCUCUAAAUUAUUUACAGAUAAAAAGUUUCAAAAUAUCCUCUUAAAAAUCGAUUUCGAAAAAAAUCAGCAAAAACAGCAAACCAAAAAAGACUUGAAAAGAAAAAAAGAGAAAAAACUUGAAAAAUGGAAGAUGAACCAAUGAACAAUGAGGAAAAUGGAGAAGAAAAUGCAGCGAGGAGAUUCCAGCCGGUCAUAAGUGACGACGUCUCGGGCGUCAGCUGCAUCAGGGGCACCUUGGAUCUGAGCAGCGCCUUGCUGCGGGAAAAUUUCUAUUCCGGCCAGCAGGCCAUCGGGGGGGCCGUGGCCGGGGCGGCUUACGCCCAGCUGAAGCACGCCUACGAGUGGGACGCAGGCGACAUGGACGACCUCGUCAUAACCGCCAACUGGAUCUACAACGCCACUGUCCACAGAUUGAUGACGCUGGAAGGCAGCCUCAAAGUGAACCCCCUCACCCACCGAGUAGAGCCGCCAAUCGGGCUAGGCGACGUCGAGAAAGGUUUCGUAGUCGGCCGCACCGACUUCACCGUAAAUUUCGAGUACAACAAUCGGGGCUUAGUCGACCGACACUCGGAUGAACCAAACCACACGCAACUGGUUUUCGCCUUCGCCGAAUUCUUCAACUCUUGCGCCAAGCGUAAGCCCUACGGCGUGAUCGAGUGCCAGGGCGACUAUUUAGCCAUAUGGAAGCACUCAAAUUGCAACAGCAUUUUCAUCUUCGAUGCGUUUCCCAGCCGGGCCAAUCCGCUGCCGGCCCUCUAUCGCAUCAAGACGGGCGCGGGCUUGAUGCAAUUCUUCAAGUUCCUCAAGGACUGGAAGGCCGACGACGAGUACUUUCUGUACAAUUUGGUGAUAGAAAGCCACGGUCUGUACGUACCACGGAACGAUGAUGCCCCCGACGAUAAGGACGACAAGGACGACGAUGCGAUGGACACGGACGACGCGGCGUGUCGACCCCCGAGCCCGGCGCCGAGGCUCGCGAGGCACUUCGAGCAGUGCGCCAACCAGGAUCCGGGCCAGAUAAGCGUCAACCAGAUGGACUGCGACGACGACGUCGAUUGA